GAAGCUGCCUUGGCGGCACGAGAGUAUUUUCCGGACACGUUUAUUGUUGCAUCAGAUACCCGGGGCAGAAAGAUGGCAGGAGAACAAGCCUUUGAUUAUGGCUUCUUACUGCACACAAGCGAGGUCGGCUGCAGGGCCGAGGCUCUGAACGAGUACCUGAGCAGCCGCAGUUACCUGGCAGGCUACGAGCCCUCGCAGGUGGACGCAGACGUGUUCGCUCUUUUUCAUGGUUCUCCUCCAACGUCGCAGCUUGUGCACGCUCUGCGCUGGUAUAGGCACAUAGCCACACUGCUACCUCGAACUGACGGCCAGGCCUCAGACGCCACAAAAAAGAGGAUGCAGCCUCCCUGGACUCCACCAGAUGGAACUGAAGUCCCAAAGCUUCGACUUUACAACAGUCUGACUCGGACCAAGGAGCUGUUUGUUCCUCAGCAUGGGAACAAGGUUUUGUGGUACUGCUGCGGUCCCACCGUCUACGACGCUUCACACAUGGGUCACGCCAGGUCCUACAUUUCUUUCGACAUCCUAAGAAGGAUACUGAUGGACUAUUUCAAAUACGACGUCUUCUACUGCAUGAACAUCACCGACAUCGACGACAAAAUCAUUAAGCGAGCCAGACAGAAUCACCUGCUGGAGCAGUACAGAGCCAAAAAGCCCAAAGCAUCUCAGAUCCUGCAGGAUGUUUUAACCGCUAAAGAGCCCUUUAAAGUCAAGCUUGCAGAAACCACAGACCCAGAUAAGAAGCAGAUGUUGGAGAGACUGGAUGCAGCAGUGACGGCAGCGCUGACUCCACUACAGGAGACGAUGAAGAGCGGCGCUGAAAGUGCUGCUGUACAGAGCCAGGCUGAGGGUUUACUCGAAGAAGCCAAGGACCUUUUGUCAGAUUGGUUGGAUUCCCAGUUUGGCAGCCAAGUAACCGAAAACUCAAUAUUCUCCCUGUUACCAAAAUACUGGGAGGGAGAGUAUCACAAAGACAUGGAAGCCCUUAAUGUCCUUCCACCUGAUGUCCUCACACGGGUCAGUGAAUAUGUUCCAGAGAUUGUGGAGUUUGUCAAGAAAAUAGUAGACAACGGAUACGGCUACGAGUCGAACGGCUCGGUGUAUUUCGACACUGCCAAGUUCGAUGCUAGUCCAGGACAUUCGUAUGCUAAACUUGUGCCAGAAGCGGUGGGUGAUCAGAAGGCUCUGCAGGAGGGAGAAGGAGACUUGAGUAUCUCAGCAGAUCGGCUGAACGAGAAGCGUUCACAGAACGACUUUGCCCUGUGGAAGUCCUCUAAACCUGGAGAGCCGUCCUGGGAGUCUCCUUGGGGGAAGGGACGCCCUGGGUGGCACAUCGAGUGUUCGGCUAUGGCUGGCUCUAUAUUAGGUUCAUCUAUGGACAUUCACGGAGGAGGAUUUGACCUGCGUUUCCCUCAUCAUGACAACGAACUGGCGCAGUCUGAGGCCUACUUUGACAAUGACCACUGGGUGCGCUAUUUCUUGCACACGGGCCACCUUACCAUCGCCGGCUGCAAGAUGUCCAAAUCUCUGAAGAACUUUAUCACCAUUAAAGAUGCCCUCGCCAAACACACAGCGAGGCAACUGCGCUUGGCCUUCCUCAUGCACUCGUGGAAGGACACACUGGAUUACUCCUGUAACACCAUGGAGUCUGCCAUUCAGUAUGAGAAGUUCAUGAACGAGUUCUUCCUGAAUGUAAAAGAUAUCCUGAGGACUCCCACCGAUAUCACGGGGCAAUUUGAGAAAUGGGAGGCGGAGGAGAUCGAACUGAACAAAAGUUUCUAUGAGAAGAAAGAAGGCAUUCACGAGGCUCUGUGUGACAAUAUGGAUACACGGACGGUGCUGGAGGAGAUGAGAGCUCUAGUGGGACAGAGUAACACUUACAUGGCUGCCAGAAAGAGUGCCAAACUCCAGCCUAACCGCAUGCUGCUCCAGAGCAUCGCUCGCUACCUCACCGACAUGUUCAGGAUCUUUGGGGCAAUCGAGGGAACAGAACCCAUUGGAUUUCCUGUUGGAAGAAAUGACCGAAAUGUCGAUCUGGAGAGUACAAUCAUGCCCUAUGUAAUGGUGCUCUCAGACUUCAGGGAAGGGGUUAGAAAAAUUGCAAGGGAACAAAAAGUUACUGAAGUACUGCAGAUGUGUGACACAGUGAGAGAUGACAUCCUGCCUGAGCUAGGAGUCCGAUUAGAAGAUCAUGAAGGACUCCGCACUGCGGUGAAGCUGGUGGAUAGAGAGACUCUACUCAAAGAAAGGGAGGAGAAGAAGAAGCUGGAGGAGGAGAAGAGAAAGAAGAAAGAGGAGGCAGCCAGAAAGAAACAGGAACAGGAGAUGGCUAAACUGGCAAAGAUGAAGAUGCCACCUAAUGAGAUGUUCCGCUCAGAAACAGACAAGUACUCCAACUUUGAUGACACGGGUUUCCCUACACAUGAUGCAGAAGGAAAGGAGCUCAGCAAGGCACAGACCAAAAAGCUUCGCAAGCUUUACGAAGCUCAGGAGAAGCUGCACAACGAGUACCUCCAGUCAACCCAGAACGGAAGCUGAGGAUACUGGAGAGCUGCAUCAGUCCGCCCAAAGUGUCUGCUCUCCUUUUGUCAUGUGAUGGAUGUUCAAUAUAAAACAGGAAGAAAUUCAGACAUCACUUGUCACGAUGUGAAGGCAGCAUCUAUAGACCUAUGUACAUGAUAGGAAAGGGUUGAUGUAUAAACAUUGCUUUGGAAACUAAGAUCUAAGCUUUGUUUUAAAGCUGGUGAAUGUUGAAAUGCUGUUUAUCUAAUACAGAAGGCUUUUAUAUGGUAUUUAAUGAGCAGCAAAAUUACUGAAUUGUUGGUUGUAGAGCAUCUUCAUGUAUGUGAAAUAUUAGCCAUUAAUUAUAUUACAAGAGGCAGAUUUUUUUCCCGAAAACAGUGUUUGAAGUUAUCAAUAAAAUGACUAACUUUACCAGCAUAACGGCAACAGGUAUAAUAUAAACUGUAUUAAUGGAUUGUAAAAAAUAAUAAUAAUAAUGACAAAGAAAACAAAAAAUCAAGUUUUUUUAAUGAUUGUGUGGUAAGAAAGAUUUUGCUCACGGCACAAAGAGUGUCUAUGCAGCAAUUCAACCAAAUGAAGUGAAAUAAAAACAAUAUUGUGAAAUGA